AAAACACCCACAUGUGGCCUGCGGGCCGUAGUUUGAGGAUAUCUGAUGCAGGGAGUCAGGACACAGCUUAUAUCCUCAAUUGAACUGGGGAGUAGGAAAUCCCUAGAGAUACAAUUUGAGCAGAAGAUAGAGUCUCUAAGGAGACAUUGUGAGCAUCUAACUUGGAUAUAAAUACAGAGAUGUCAAGGUUUCCUGAGAGAGGCUCUGUGUCUGGGUAGUAACCCCCAAACAUAAAAUAAAAUCCUUUGUGCUCUAUCAACUAGGAGGACGUUUUACUUUGCUGCCACUGGAGUGAACUUGGUAGAAGUCCAAUGAAAUAGAUGCUUGACUUUUAGCUCUGGAGGAGUCCCAGGGUGAUUCAGAGAUGGAGGUCUGUGUUCUGACACACUCUGCAUUUUAGGCAGCUGAGAAGUCUGUGACAGGGCUCUUCCCAUCUAUGUUAUUGGAACCAUUUUCAGUCAAAACACUUGUGGAAGAGAGAAAUUAAGGACCAGCAUUGGGUUCUCUAGAAGAAAAACCUGUGAGUAUCCUAAUUCAAAAUCUCUUUGAAGAAUUCUUUCUCUAACCUCACAGCCAAUGGAGCAAAAGGCUCUGUCAGAAUCAUCUGUCUUUUUACUGGAGACAGCUCUAAGUGUGCGGGGCUUCUUAUUGCAGGAUCUAGGAUCUAGAAGUGGGGACACAGACAAUGUAGACACAAAAUGAGGGUCACUGUGGCAUCAGGUAGACCUUGGUCUCUUAAGGCUUUCCUCAGUGAGAAGAUCGAAACUCCAUGGUCUUCUAGUUAUUUGGUCUUGGGCAAUGUCCGAUUCCUAUGUUAAAAUAUUGCAUAGCCAUCUUUGAAAUAGGGACAGAAUUUUUGCACAGUCCAGACUAGUAAGGGAAGAGCACAGAAAAAGACACUAAGAGCAGAAAAAGAAUCAUACAUGAGUAAUAUCCAAAAAAGGGUCAUUUUGAGUUGGCUUUUAUUCCACAACUACCACGAUCUAUGUAUUGAGUGCCUGCUAUGUCAGGACCACAUGGAGAAUGAAUACAUAAUAAAUAAGGCAGGCAAAGUCCUGGUCUUCAUGAAUAUAGUUAUAGUCUAGCAGGACACAAGGCACUAACUAAUCAAUUACAUAAAUGCUACCACAUUGCUAACUCCGUUUUCAUCAAUGAGUCCUAGUCUAUCUCUCAUCCCAUUUGUAAGUCUCAGCUGCCCCCCUGAAACCUUAUCUGUCCCUCAACUCUACCUGUCUGACUGUACUUCCAUGAGUUGCUCUCUAUUUCUCACCUUAGCCCUGACUUUGCUCCCUAUACUUUGCUUCAUUCCUUAGUCUCUCUUCAUCCCUCACUCUACCUCAGAGCCUUAUUCCACCUCUAAUAUCAUAUUCCAGAUUCAAACCCUUCCCUGCCCCGCUCAUCUUCUUGACUUUUAUUGCACCCUCACCCAUUCAUUCUCAAUCUGCCACAAUUCUUCUCUGCACCAAUGAACAUGAUCCCAUCCCCUGAGCUUUAGGCAAUAUUCAACCUUCACUCUAUUCCUCAUCAUAUCCAUUUAACCUUCCUGCAUUGCUGGCCUUCUCUCCGUCUUUGGAUCUCAUUCUAUAAAGGACCAUAUCUAUCAGACUGACUCCAUCCUUAAACCUUACUUCUUUCCUCACUUCACCUGUGUACCUCACACAAUGCUGACCCUCACUCACUCUGAGAAUCUGACCCACACCAUCUGUGAUGCCCACACCUCUUUCUGAGUGAAAGCUAGGGAUUGGAUGAGAUUCAGUGAAAUGUGAAACAACACAUGGUUUAAAAAAAAGUGGAAACUUCAAUAUUUGAGCAUCAUGAGACACAUAUGUAUGUCAUAAUGUCAACUCUUUUAAAAGUGUUCUGUCAAAUUAUCAUGGACUUCAUGUUUUCCCAUCCUUGUAUCUUAACACGACCUGCAGGUCUACGUAGGCUCCAGCUGCACCAGUCAUCUCUCUUAAGGAAACCUGGAAAAUCUGACACUGCAGAGCUUCUACAAGUCAGGGGAUGUUGCUGCACAUCCUGGAGUGUGAAAGGGCAUCUCAAGAGUCUAGAGAAUGCCAUUUCCAGGGUGAGAAAUGAUUCAAAAGAGCUCAUUUCCCUCUAAUUGGCUUUUCUUUCAUCUCCAUAGAUCAGCUCCUACAAAAGAAUGACACAUAGAAAUGCCUCCUUGGUGACAGAGUUUAUCCUUGAAGGUUUGACUGACCGGCCAGAACUUCAACUCCCCCUCUUCUUCCUAUUCCUAGGAAUCUAUCUGGUUACAGUGGUGGCCAAUUUGGGCUUGAUUACAUUAAUUUCACUAAACUCUCACCUUCACACACCCAUGUAUUAUUUCCUCUUUAAUCUGUCUUUCAUAGAUAUCUGUUACUCUUCUGUCUUUACCCCCAAAAUGCUCAUGAAUUUUGUAUUGGAGAAAAACACCAUCUCCUAUACAGGGUGCCUGACUCAGCUCUAUUUCUUCUGUUUCUUUGUCAUUGCUGAAUGUUAUAUAUUGACAGCAAUGGCAUAUGAUCGCUAUGUUGCCAUUUGCAAGCCACUGCUAUAUAAUGUUAUACUGUCUCCUCGGAUCUGCACUUUGUUUGUGUUUGGGGCAUAUGUGAUGGGGUGUUGGGGUUCCCUAGCCCACACUCUGUGUAUGGCAAGACUGACCUUCUGUGAUGCCAAUAUUGUCAACCAUUAUCUGUGUGAUAUACUCCCAGUGCUGCAGCUUUCCUGCACCAGCACCUACAACAAUGAGAUCGUGGUCUUUGUUCUGGUUGGCAUGAACAUUCUGGUGUCUACCAGCACCACGUUCAUCUCCUAUGCUUUCAUCAUCUCCAGCAUCCUCCGCAUCAGCUCCACGGAGGGCAGAGCUAAAGCCUUCAGCACCUGCAGCUCCCACUUAAUGACUGUUUCGCUUUUCUUCGGGGCAGCAGCAUUCAUGUAUCUCCAACCUUCUGAUGCAGAGUCUAUGGACCAGGGAAAAGUGGCCUCAGUCUUUUAUACAAACGUUGGGCCCAUGCUGAACCCCUUGAUCUACAGCUUGAGGAAUAAGGAUGUCAAACUUGCUCUGAAGAAAACUUUAAGACGAAAAGUAUUUUCCUAAGCAGCAACAGAGCUUGUACAAGCAAUUUUUAGCACUGGUUUAUUCGGUUUUGUUGGUACUUCUUCACAAUAAAAUAGAAUGCAUUUUCUCACUUAAUUCAGGGCCUUUCUUUCUUAAAGAAAUUCCUUAAUUCUUCCUUCCUCCACUCUUCUUAUCUUUUAAAAAUAUAAUUUUAUAAUUACAACAUUAAGAAAAAUGUUGUAAUUAUACAAUUUUGUCUUUUGCUAUUAGAAAUAACAUCUUUUGGACACAUAUUGUUGAUGCUGUGAUUGAACAAUUGAAUAACAUCACAAAACAUCUAUCUGCACAGCAAAGUGACAUGGCUAUGAGAGCCCGAGGACUCUGCUUUGCUAGAUGUCUUUGGUGUUAGCGUAGAAUUCGUAUGACACAAACACUGUUCCAGGAUUCCUCACAAAAGUGAAAACAGUGAACAUGGCCUUUUGAGAUUUGCUUCUUUCCUGGUUUCCUGGUUUUGUUAACAGUUUCAAAAUCUAUACCAACUUCUGUUAGUCUUUAGAAAUUGUGAGAGGGGAA